AUGCCCGGCUCUCGGUUGCUGGUUCGCUACGCUGACGCGGGUGAGCACCUGCUGCAUGAGAGUGUAUGCUCGUGGCCCGUGAGCGACAGAGAAUGGGUGACGGAGUCGCCCGACGGGGAUCAGAUGCCAGAGGAGCUCAUCGGUGGCGACAUCGAGGAGUUCAUCGUGCUGUCGCCAGGCGGGUUAGUGCCUGGUCAUGUGCAUUCGCCACGGUACCGAUUUCGUGAAGAGGUAGGGCCGCGGGCCCUCAGGAUGAAGAUCACCGAGGCGAAGUUGCUGGCCGAGGCGACCGCGCGGCCCAGCGACGGGGCGAUCACCGCGGCGCCGUUCGCCCAGCUGUGGGACGGCCAGGUGGUAGCCCUCGAUGACCUCUGGAAGGGCGGCGGGAUGGUGCCGCCGCCGCGUCGACUUCGCGGCGAGCAGGAUCAACUGGGCGGCGGAGAUGCUGAGGAGGUUCUGGGCACUGCGACUCCGCCUCCGGACGACAGAGAGGCAGGGGGCGCGGUGCCCUUGGUGGAGGACGAGGUGAGCCACCGUUGGGUCGCGGGCGAGCCGAGUGAGCUGUUCGGCUUGGGCGCGGAGUUCACGGUGGCGACCAUCCUUGCCGAGAAGGGCGCUUGCCGCCUGGGGGGCCGCAUCCUCGCGUCGGUGUCGGGUGCGCAGGUGGCUGGCUCUACCGGGGCUGGCGCGGUGGUGCUGCAUCGCGUCGGCGUCGGCGAGGUGGGCGGCUUCGCUGAGAAGAGGUGGGGGCAGAUCGCCGCCUUGAUGCCGAAGGGAACGCCAGGCCCAGGGAAGUUGUCCCAAGGUCAGGGGGCUAGCUCGACGGACGAGGUGGACGACGACGCCAGGGCCCUCGCCGCGAUGUGCGACGAGCAGGGGGAGCGGUUCCGCUCUUGGAAGGACGCCGUCGGAAAGAUGCAUGAGAGCUUCUACGAGGACUGGCCCGUCGAGGGCCCGCGGACCAUGCUGUGGGUGGCAAAGAGCAUCGAGCGCACCGGGGGCUCUCCCAUGCAGUGGUACCACAAGUACCUGGCGGAGAAUCGGAUCGCCGCCUCGGACCGACUCGCGCACGAGCUCCAGGCCUUGUGUCGGCUGAUGGAGCACGCGGGCUGCUACGACCAGCUGGACCUCGCCUCGCCGGCCGCGUCCGAGGUACUCGCGAGGGGGGUGCAGCUGCUGCUGGAUGCUGCCAGUCGGGGCCCUGGUGAGGGCCGCUUUGAGGGCGAGGAGUUGCGGUCGGGACAUCAGCAACGGACGGCGGGGAUCGCGCCAGCCCUGACGGCGCACUUCGCCACCCGCACCAAGGAGAAGGCUGCGAUUGAGAAGCAGCGCCAGAAGGCCCAAGAGGCACGCUCCGCCGCCAAUCCAAAGGCAAAGGCGAGCGCCAAAGCCGGCUACGACUCGGACGGGCACAUUAUGAGCGACUACCAGGAAGAGCUGUUGUCGGUGCCCGCCUCGUGCAAGGACUGCCCUCGCACGGUGGACGUUGUGCCGGCUGAGGCGUAUAUCAAGUUUGUCCGCAGGCUGGAGUCUAUUGGCGCCAUACGGUGGUGCACUUCGUCGAAGGAGCGCGCCACGGUGUUCUGCGUCAAGAAGAAGUCGGGGAAGCAGCGGCUGGUGGUGGACGCCCGCCGCAGCAGCCGUCGAUUUCGCGACCCGCCAGGGGUCGAGUUGGCGACUGCCGAGUCCCUGGGUCUGAUCGAGGUCGACGACACUGAGAUCUUUGUCAGCGCGGGGGGCGCGCAGGACGCCUUCUACAGGUUCAAGAUCGAUGUGGAGCUGAGCCGGUACUCCGCGCCGCCGCCCCUGAGGGCGGAAGAGCUCGGCCUCCACGAGGCUGAGGGGGAGAGGCUGUGGCCUGACCGUUGGGUGCACCCUUGCUUCGCGGUGCCCCCGAUGGGGUUCAAAUGGUUUCUCCAUCUGGCGCAGGAGGCGGUCACCAAGCAAGUGGAGACUGCGACGGGCGCGCCCGCCAGCCGUCGGCUCCAGACGUUCGGCGGCUCGCGCUUGAUCACCUCCGGCGGGCAGCCCCUCCACUACGUCUACGUUGGCAACGUGGGUUUCUUGGGCGGCCAGCGGGAGGUGGUGCAGAUUCUGAGAGACCGGGCCUGCGACGCGCUCGACGAGGUCGGCCUGUCCACCCACGAGCACGCGCACGCCCAGCAUGACGCGGAGAUCCUGGGCGUGGCGAUGGAAGGUCGCUCUGGCACGGUGGCCACUGCCCUGAGGAGAAUGUGGAAGAUCGAUAGCUUGCUCACCUGGCUGCUGGACCGAGGGGCUGUGUCGGGACACCAGCUGGAGUCGACCGUAGGCCACCUCACGUUCAUUUUCAUGCUCCGCCGCCCGCUGUUGUCGGUUUUGUCGGCGACCUACCAGUUCAUGAGGAACGUUGGUAGUGAGCAGGUCGACCUGUGGCCCUCCGUGCGGGCCGAGCUUAGAUGGGGAGUGGUCGAGGGUAUCUGGGACCAGAAAAGUGUGAAGGAGGUGGGGAGUGUCGAAGCUUCUCGAGAUGCCCUGGAGGACAAGUUCACUGUGUGCGUUCCCAAAGGCACCAACGACCCCGACGAGUUCUGGGAGGAGGACCCCGAGUUCCCCGACAUCAGCCCCGAUUGGGUCCUCAAGGCCCCCUGGAAGUUCGUGUACUCUGGAAGGUUUACCCUGAAGGAGCCCAUCCACGUUCUGGAGGCUGCGGCCCGCGCGGGGCGGCGGGAGGCACGACGGCUCCCCAGCAACGGCCACUGUGCUCGCGAGACGGCGCCAGCGCCCCAGCCGGCCAAGCAGCGGCUGGUGGCCCGCCUGCCGCGGAGUGCGCCGAUGUCGCAGCCAGCCAGGAGGAGGAGGUUGAGUGCGACGCUGGCCAGGCAGGAGCGCUACUCGCUGGAGGCCGACACCCUCGGCCGCUCGUUCCUCGAGACGAAGGCUGCGGGCGACGAGGUGGACAAGCAGUACAUCGAGAUAAUGGAAGAGUUCGAGCGGGGCUGCGUGAGGCUCGGGCUCUCGCUCGACUCCCCGGAGGACAUCGAUUGCGCGUUGAUCGAGGUGUUCGACGAGCGAUUCUUCAACGGGAUGGGCGGCAGCGUCGGGCACUACCUGCUGGCGGCCAUCAAGGGGCCCCGCCCGGAGUUCGGGCUGGCUGGCAUGCAUCGGCUCCCUCGAGCCCACCGUGCCCUCCAGGGUUGA